ACAUAAUAUUGGAAAGAGCUGCAAUUCCGUAAUUACGGUUACUUUUUUUUAUAAAUUCUCAAUUUAUCGUCCACGUCAUUAUUUAUUUUAUUUUUUAUUUUUUUGGCAAAACCAGCAUAAGAAAGGUGCCUUGAGGCCCACACUCUCAAUCUAGCAGUCAUUUUUUUGAAGUAGCGGUUUACCAGGAAAUAAAACAUAUAAAAAAAAAAAAAAAAAAAAAAAAGCUGACUUGCUUAGCUUUCUCUCUCUUCUUUUCCUUGGUAUUGUCGUUCAAACCAAAGCCCCCUUUCUCCAUUGUUAAUUCACACUCAAGCUUUAGAAUCAAAUUCCUCUCAUUCAUUCUUCUAAAUUCAUUAUUCAUUUCCCAUCAAGCUUUAGAGUAAAAGUUAUGGUGGGUGGAUUUCUUAUUCAAUUUGGGGAUGGUUGAAUUAAGUUUGGGAGUCUGAUUUUUUUGAUUCAUAUUGUUUGGGAUUAUAAAUCACGUCGUCAUCGAGCUUCUGCCAUCACCACCACCACGACGGCCACCAUCACCACCAUCUCUGCUACCUUUUCGUCACAAUUUUUUCGCCACUGGGUUAAUUUAACUUCGUGUCAACUAUGAAAUUAUGUAAUUCACAUUUUUUUUUUUUUUUUUUGGGAAAGUAUGUAAUUCAGAUGUAACUAAAUUAAGAUCUGAUUUUUGUUAAAUUGAUUUGGACUUUGAGUAUUAUCAACCUUGCCUUGAUCUUCUCAAUUCACGGUAUUCACCCUUACUCAAUUAGUUUUUUUUUUUUUUUUAUUUAAAUAAAAUGGAAAACCGCCACCUCAAUUAGCGGUUUUCUCUUGAUUGGAAACCGUUGAUUCAAGUGGCGGUUUUGUACUGAACUGUAAAAAAAUAAAAAAAGCGAUUUUAUGAUUUAGAUGAUGAUGUGGACGGUAAUUUGGGAAAUUAUAUAAGAGGAGCUGUAUUUUUGGAAUUGCUACAAUUCUACAAAUUAGAGCAUUAUUGAGGGAAAACGUUAACCUUUCCUUCCCCCCGCUCGGCCGCACCUCAUCAUUUCUGACUUGCAGGAGCUAUUAAACAAGAAUGCAAACAAGCUCUGAGUUUCCAUGAUCAGGUCAGUUUCAAAUCAAUAAAAGGGCAAAACUUUCUUUCCAAUUUCGUUUCUUGUUGAUUUUAGGUUUUGCUCAUUUCACCUGCUUUCAAGUAUUUCUCUGUAUAUUAUCAUUCAAACACAAGGUUAAACCUUAAAACAGUUUAAAUUAAGAACACCCUUUUAUUAAAUUUGCUUGAUUCUCAAACUUUGCAAUGAAAGUUUCUGGUUUGAGCAAUUCCUCAAUUCUGGGUAAUUUAGCAAGAAAUAAAUGGAAUGUAAUUCCAAUUCCACAUGGAACAAUUCCUGAACCAAAAGGUCAAGACCUUGAUUUUGUGAAUGUAGCACAUAGCCAUCUUAUACACUCUGAUUGGGAAAAAUUGGAGAAAUUAUCAAGUGGUUUUACCCCAUUUAGAUUUAAGCAUGUAUUAUUGAAGAUUAAGAAGGAUUAUGUUCUUUCUUAUGAGUUUUAUAAAUGGGUUCAGCUCAAAAACCCUAAGUUUCACAACCUUGAAACUCAUUCCAUGAUUCUCCAUGUUUUGACCAAACACCGGAAAUUUAAAUCUUCUCAAUCGAUUAUGAAGGAUAUACUGAGUUCGCUGUCUAUUGAUUUGCCACAUAAGUUGUUUGAGGCUAUAUUGUACUCGUAUCGAUUGUGUGAUUCGUCUCCUCUUGUGUUUGACUCGCUUUUUAAGACUCAUGCCCAUAUGAAGAAGUUUAGGAAUGCUACCGCGACCUUUUGCCACAUGAAGGAUUAUGGGUUUCUUCCUACAAUAGAGUCUUGUAAUGCUUACAUGAGUUCGUUGCAUAGUUUGAAUCAGGAAAAAAUUGCAUUGGCUUUUUAUAAGGAGAUUCGGAAAAAUGGAAUUAUGCCAAAUGUUUAUACUAUGAACAUGGUUAUUUAUGCUCAUUGUAAGCUUGGUAGUUUGGAAAAGGCCUUGGAGGUGUUUCAGGAUAUGGCAAGUAUGGGUAACUUUCCUACUGUAGCAUCACAUAAUAUACUUAUUUCUGGGUAUUGCAAUAAGGGCCUCUUCACCUCUGCCGUGAAGCUAAAAGCCUUGAUGGAAAAGAACGGAUUAAAGCCGGAUAGUGUCACUUAUAACACCCUCAUCAAUGGAUUUUGUAAGCAAGGGAAAUUGCAUGACGCGAACAAGGUUUUUAGUGAGAUGAAAGCGGCACGUGUGCCUCCAAAUACUGUAACUUACAAUACUUUAAUAAAUGGAUAUAGCCAGUGGGGUAAUAGUGAGAUGGGAUAUGAACUUUAUGAAGAGAUGCUGAAAGAUGGGGUGAAGGUUGAUAUGGUGACGUAUAAUGCUUUGGUAUUGGGAUUCUGCAAGGAGGGCAAGACUAAGAAAGCAGCCAUUAUGGUUAACGAACUUGACAAGCAGAAUUUAGCCCCAAAUUCCUCAACCUAUUCUGCUCUUAUUUUAGGGCAGUGCACGAGAAAGAAUUCUGAACGUGCAUUUCAAUUGUACAAGAGUAUGAUAAGAAAUGGUUGUUAUCCAACGAGUAAUACAUAUGAGAUUUUGAUCUCUUCUUUCUGUCAGAAUCGUGAUUUUGAUGGAGCAGUUCAGGUUCUGAGGGAAAUGCUAGGGAGAAGUAUGGUUCCUGGUCCUGAAAUUCUCUCUGAGUUGUGCAAUGGGCUUUGCCAAAAUGGAAAUGAAGAUUUGGCUGUAAGCUUGCGCAAUGAGGUGGAAGCUAGAUGUCGUAGCUGAGGCUGAGGGGUUCUGGAGUUGCCUCAAGGUUUUAUUUGAAGUCUGAAACAGAAUGGCUUUACAGCCUUACUUUUGAGGUUUGUCACAACAUGAAUACAAAUACCUCUCUUCUGUUCCAUUUGCCCUUAUAUUUAUUUUGGCAAUUUGAAGUGUGAAACUAUUUUUUCUUGGUGGAUGAAUAAAACUCUAUGUCCCUCCUCACACUCACAAGGAUGUAUGGUUAUCGCUUAUUUCAUAAUAUAACUAUAUUAAAGGAUGAAUCAAACCCUGUUGCCACGUAGUUCACAUCUAUCAUCCAAAAAAAAAUUAAAAAAAAAAAAAAAAAGGUGAAAGAAACAUUGGAUUAUGAAAUGGAUGAAAACUUAUACUAAAUGAAAUCUUCUGUUUUUGUCAUUCUUAACAACAUUUACUGAUAUUUAUCAUUACAGGACAUUGGGAGUUUGGAACGUUGCAGUGUAGAACUAUUAGAGGUCCUUAAUGUUUCCUGGUGUCUAUGUUAGGCAGGCAGUCGGGAGAUUGUUAUAUGGCAAGUCUGUAAAUGGAUAUAGUCAUAUAGCUCUACAACUGGGCUGAUAAAGCAGGAGUUAUUAGGAGUUAGGUCUAAGUCAACUCAUCUUAUGGGAUCUUCUUUGAGAAAACUUUGGCUGAGGGAACUGAUUAUAGAGUUCUCGGGAGGAUGGAGUUGUGCUAUUGUAUAAGAACCAUGUUCAUCCUAAUCCCUAAGCAGUCUAUCACAAGUUCACGACUCAUCUGCCACCUAUUGUAUAAGAACCAUGUUCACCAUCAUUGGAUUGUUACGAGUCAACUGAGAGGUACAGCGGGCCAGCAGCGUGUUUAGCAUUUUAUCCUUUUCUGUUUCAAGGAGGAGGGGGUGUACUCAAUACCACCCCAAUGUUAGAACUUAGAACUAUCACGCUAUCAGGAGGUGGUUUUGAUUAUGACUUUGUAAGAUGCUACAAGCCUACAACCACCUUCAAAGUUCAUACUGAAAU